CUCAAGAUGAGAUAUUGCAAAUCUUGAGAGCAUACGAGUCCGCAACUAGAAAUGCUGGCAACCCGGGAAAUCCAUGGUCAAAAUAUAAAAACUCCUUGAUGCCUUAGGCACACACAGCCAUUUUGGCAAAAUAAAACGUCAUACAGGCGAUCAUCUAUCUUCUCCCAAGUCUCUAGCAACACGAACUGUUGGAAAGCAGAUUCUGAACGCUCACUACUGGUAUAUUAGCGUUUCGUAUUGCUACAGUUUCGGUCAAAAUAGGGCGCCGGCGCAGAGACAGACACCAGCACGCCAGGCCCAGAUCUGGUCGUCGCCGCAUCAUGGGCAAUGAAUCGUCUACACUCGUAGACGAGAAGACUCCUCCGUCGGUCUUAGAAGCUCGCACUGUGGAGGCAGUCGCAAAAUAUGUCAAGGAGAAGCCAGUGCGGCGGGUGGUUGUAAUGGUCGGAGCUGGCAUCAGUACAGCCGCCGGUAUCCCUGAUUUUCGAUCACCAGAUACUGGCAUUUACGCGAAUCUCGUUCAUUUGGAUCUGCCCGAUCCUGAAGCAGUGUUUGACAUUAGCUUCUUCAGGCAGAAUCCCAAGCCGUUCUACGCUCUGGCGCGGGAGCUAGCUCCAGGACAGUACAGACCUACUCUCGCGCAUUCAUUCGUAAAGCUACUUUAUGACAAGGGAAAGCUUUUGAAGCACUUCACACAGAAUAUCGAUUGUUUGGAGCGGUUGGCAGGCGUGCCGGGCGAUAUGAUCAUUGAAGCUCAUGGAAGCUUCGCGACUCAGCGCUGCAUUGAGUGCAAAACAGCGUAUCCGGACGACCUGAUGAAAGAAGCAAUCGCAAAGGGGGAGGUGCCGAAUUGUGCCGAGUGUCAAGGGCUAGUGAAGCCAGAUAUCGUUUUCUUCGGGGAAGCUUUGCCCUCGGCCUUCUUUGACAACCGAACACUUCCCGAGACGGCGGACCUGUGCAUUGUCAUGGGAACAAGUCUGUCUGUGCAGCCGUUUGCCAGCCUCCCGUCGUUUGUUGCAGAUGGUGUCCCGCGUGUUCUUAUCAAUCGGGAGCGCGUCGGAGGAUUGGGCUCUCGUCCGGACGAUGUCCUCAUAUUAGACGACUGUGACAACGGGGUAAGGAAACUUGCGCGUGCAUUGGGAUGGGAAGAUGAACUAGAACGGUUGUGGGAAGAAGCCAACCCGAACCAAAAGUCACGGGAGGAGGAACUAGCAACCCCUCGGACACGAGAAGAGCGGCUUGAGAAUGAAAUUAGUCGAUUGACCGCGGAGAUAGACAAAACUUUGAAAAUCUCUGAUGCUUAUCAAAAGCGUGUUAGAGAGCGCCUAGAGGGCGAGCCACUAUCCUCACCUGAGAGCAACGGAACAGGAUUGGCUCACGUUUUCCCGCACCUUGCUCGUCGUUAG